AAAUACCAUGUAAAGCAAAAGGACAUUAACUUCAGGAACUUUAUUACUAGAAUUAUUAUUUGAAAAUGGUAUUAUUAUUCCUAAUGUUCAAAAUGUUUACGAAAAUUUUGCAAUCGUUGUAAGAGAAGGUCCGUCUUUCGUUUUCUCACUGUUGUCGUUGUCAUUUAAUAUAAACAAAACGAGCUCCUAAAAUGAGUUCUCCCCUUUCUACGCUGAGGAAAACCAGACGGGCUCCCCUACCGUGUAGCGAAAGCGGACGUGAAAGACGAGUCUAUAAAGAAACAACUUGCGAAGAAUAUGAGGCUUCAUUGCUUAGGGAGUGUUUCCCUCAGAGUCAACCAACUUCUGAGGUCACAGACAGUGUCUCCAUUGUCAAAUCAAAGAUUGCCCUGAAAAGGAAUCCCAAAGAUGGCUCUGCACCCAGCAAUCUGGAGCUGAUGUCAAGCAUGAUGCAGAAACUAGGGCAGCUGGAGAGGAAGUUGAAGGCCCAAGCCCUGAACAUCGACAGCAAGGCUAGAAGAAUAGCAGUGCUGGAAGAGAAACUUAGGUUACUGCAAGAGAAAAAACAAGGAGAGAAGCAGGAAGAAGAAGAAGGACUAGCUAGAAUGUGCCACAAGCUUCAAAACCAAGUCUGGGAAAUGGAGGAAUUUCUGAAUGACUAUGGAAUGAUCUGGGUUGGAAGCGGCGAGCAGCAUGACAUAGAGGAUGAAAUGCAGCCAGGGCAUGAGCGUCCUGACAGCUCAGGACACCUGCUGUGGCAGCCAGGGGCAUCUGUGGUUGGGAGGAUCUCCGUGAACUUUGACCAGGUUCUGAGGAACAUCCAGGACCUGAACAUCCUGGCUGGGGAGGGGGCCUCCUACGUGACCUCCAUUCCCGGUGGAGCCAGACUGAGCCAGCGGUCCAGUGUACCUCUGUGGCUCUUCAAGAAUGGCAUCAUGAUGUUUGACGGGCCCUUCCGCCCCUACCAGGAUCUCAGUGCUCAGCAAUUCAUGCAAGACUUGAUGGAUGGGUAUUUUCCUUCAGAGCUUCAGAGAAGGUUUCCUGAUGGUGUGGUCUUUCAGAUUCAUGACAAACGGGGGGAGGAGUUCCCUGCAGUGCGACACGGGGCAGAGUUCCCUGGGCGGGGUCAUGUCGUCAGAGGUUCAGAUGAGCAGCUAGAGUUCCACAGAGAGGAGGCCUCCAACACCCUGCUGGACCUGAGCCACAUACAGUUUCAAGGCAGAAAGCUGUCGAUGGAACAGUUCCUUAAGAAGCUACCAAAGAGUGUGGUGAAAGCAGGCAAAGUGAUCAAUAUUCGCUCCUCACUGAAAACCCAUCUGGAGGGUUAUGCUGAUGGUGCCAAGAUCCAUUCAGUGACUGUUGUAGAAACACCUGUGCUACAGGCUCUAAGAGAGAGCCUGGAGUCCAGCAAUGCAGGCCACUUAACAUCCAAGACUGAGUUCACCACCUUGCGGGUGAAGUCUGAAGAUGGAGAAAAGACCUUCAUUCUGAAAAUGCUCUUCUCUGAGACCAUUGGACACCUACGGCAAUACCUGGAUGCCCACAGAGGGCCAGGCUGUUCUUCUUAUAACAUCAUAACUGCGUUCCCUCAGCAUUGCUAUAGUGAUGACACCCAAACCCUCCUAGCCUGCGGUCUGACUUCAAAUGCCACGCUACUACUGCGGCCCCACCAAGUGACAUCACUGGCCACUACCACAUAAACUAGAAUCAACACCCUUUUUUAAAGAUGCAUGAGAGGUUUUGUUUGCUUUAAGGAUUACAUUAGUAAUGCCAUCUCCUUAAUUUCAAUUUUACUUGGCUGUGUUGGUAGUCCACACUUUUGUCUCCACACACUCUGUAAGCAGGGUGACCGGGGCUGUAAAAAUGCACAUUCAUUCUGAAUGUUCACAUAAAUAAUUUCUCUGUUGAUAUACCAGGCAACAGAGUGUCUGCUUGGCCAUGUGGCUUUGCCCAAAAAACUUUUAAGAUGCUCAGCAGUAUUGUGGGCUUGAUCAAUUCAGAAUAGGCAGUGGAAGGCUGUUGGACAUGAAAUCAUCCACCCACAUAUGCAUUACGGCCCCAGCUUGAAAGGGACGAUGCAAGAUUUUAAAUAUAUGUUUUAAGAGCAUUUUAAAUAAAUGAAAUCAUCAUGUUUAUGUGGCUAUGAUUAGAAAUGAGACUCCAAAUAAAACAAAAUGCAUUGUGUACAUUUAA